CACACGGCAGCUGGUCCCGGAGCUCCGGCAAACGGGGGAGCCUUGCGCACAGGAUCGCAACCUAGUGACUCCCAGUGCCAGAGACCACGAAGUGGAAUCGCAUCGCCCUCCUCGGGUCCUCAGGAGUGCAGCGGCAGCGCGGAACUAACGGAACGGGGGGAGAACGAAGCGCCAGCUGGGAUGGGAGGCGCCGCGCCACUGCCGGGUCCGAGAGCCGCACUUGGCGCGGUCUGAGUACCCGCAAGAAGGACCUUCAUCUGGCUGAGGGGACUAGCUGCCGCCGUCCUGGUCCGUGCGUUGGAUUCGCCAGCGUUUAUUCCUGACUUCUUAUCGCGGACGGAAUUUUGUCUUAUAAAAACCAAAGACAGAGGGUGAGGAAGGGAGGAGUAGCGAGAGGAGCGCUCCUGGACGGGGUUCAAAGCGCUAUAGUCCUCAUGCAUGUGUAGAUUUUAAAUCUUUGGAGGGUUCGGGCUGCCCGGUGCCACCGAACCCAUCCGCAGUGCCAAUGCCACUGCGGCGGUGAAGCAGCUAAGGCGGCGCUGGCAGAAAAUGACCUCUUGCCUAAGAGGACACUGAUCUCUGAUUGGCCCAAACUACUGGAUUGAGUCUCCCAGUUUGGGAAGGAGGGGAUCUCACGUUCCCCACAGUCACGUGACUCGUGAUGGCACCUGCUUGGUGGAGCUGGGUCUGCGUGGCCCUCUGCUGCCUCGGCCGCACACUGGCGGCACCCCCGGACCCCUCCCAUCUGCAGCAGCCGCCCACGACGCCAGCCGUGGACGAGGGCCAUGGCACUUUCCGCUCCGAGAACCCUGAGUGGACCUUCAACCACCUGGCAUUGGACACCCGCAAUGGCAAUGUCUACCUGGGGGCGGUGAACCGGAUCUACAAGCUGUCGCCCACUCUGGAGUUGCAGGUAUCCCACCAAACGGGGCCGGACGAGGACAACCGCAAAUGCUACCCGCCUCGCAUCGUGCAGCCAUGCAGCGAGCCACUAGUGCUCACCAACAACGUCAACAAGAUGCUGCUGAUGGACUACCGGGAGAACCGGCUGCUGGCCUGCGGCAGUCUCUACCAGGGAAUCUGCAAGCUGCUGCGUUUGGAUGAUCUCUUCAAGCUGGGCGAGCCCUCACACCGGAAGGAGCACUACCUGUCCGGCGCCAACGAGAGCGGCUCCGUCUUCGGGGUCAUCGUGUCCUACGGCAAUUCGUCACCGGACAAGCUCUUUGUGGCGACGGCCGUGGACGGCAAGCCCGAGUACUUCCCCACCAUCUCCAGCCGCAAGCUGGCGCGGAACUCUGAGGAGGACGGCAUGUUUGCCUACGUGUUUCACGAUGAGUUUGUGGCCUCCAUGAUUAAGAUCCCGUCAGACACCUUCACCGUGGUGCCAGACUUUGACAUCUACUAUGUUUACGGCUUCGCCAGCGGCAACUUUGUGUACUUCCUGACGCUGCAGCCGGAAAUGGGGGGGCCUGCAGCGGGCUCCUCUGCCACCCGUGAGCAGGUCUACACCUCCAAACUGGUCCGGCUCUGCAAGGACGACACAGCCUUCAACUCCUACGUGGAGGUACCACUGGGCUGUGUAAAGGCCGGCGUGGAGUACCGGCUGCUUCAGGCCGCCUACCUGUCCCGGGCCGGCUCCAUCUUGGCCCGCUCGCUCAGCGUGGCCCCUGGCGACGACGUGCUCUACGCCGUCUUCUCCAAGGGUCAGAAGCGGCGACCCCGCGAGGAGACUCAGGAGUCGGCGCUGUGCGUCUUCUCGCUGCGGGACAUCAACGAGCGCAUCAAGGAGCGCCUGCAGUCGUGCUACAGAGGGGAGGGCACGCUGGACCUGGCCUGGCUAAAGGUCAAGGACAUCCCCUGCAGCAGCGCGCUUUUGACUAUCGAUGACAACUUCUGCGGGCUGGACAUGAACGCACCGCUGGGCGUGUCGGAGAUGGUGCGCGGUGUCCCUCUGCUUUCCGAGGGGGCGGACAAGAUGACGUCCAUCAUCGCCUACGUCUACAAGAACCACUCGCUGGCCUUCGUGGGCACGCAAAGUGGCCGGCUCAUGAAGAUCCGCGUGGAUGGACCCUCCCAUGGCGCCUUACGGUACGAGACCAUCCAGGUUGUGGAGAGCGGCCCAAUUCUGCGGGACAUGGCCUUCUCCACAGACCACCACUUCCUCUACGUCAUGUCAGACACGCAGCUGACACGUGUUCCAGUGGAGGUGUGUAGCCAGUACUCCAGUUGCAGUGAAUGCUUGGGCUCCGGAGAUCCACACUGCGGUUGGUGUGUGCUGCACAACAUGUGCACCAGGAAGGAGAGGUGUGAACGCUCCUCGGAGCCCAGGCGGUUCGCCUCGGACGCCAGGCAGUGUGUCCGCCUCAGUGUGCACCCCAACAACAUCUCCGUGUCUCAGUACAGCGUCAUGCUGGUCCUGGAAGCCCACAACGUGCCAGAACUUUCUGCCGGCGUGAACUGUACCUUCGAGGACGUGGCGGAGAUGGACGGUCAUGUGGAGGGGAAUCACAUUCGGUGCAUCUCGCCCACGGAGAAAGAGGUGCCGCGUGUCAUCUUCGACAAAGGAGACCACCAGAUCGUCCAGCUCUACCUCAAGUCCAAGGAGACGGGCCUGACCUUCGCCAACACCAGCUUCGUCUUCUACAACUGCAGCGUCCAUAGGUCGUGUGUGUCCUGUGUCAGCAGCCCCUACCGGUGCCACUGGUGCAAAUACCGUCACAUGUGCACCCAUGACCCUCGUAGCUGCUCCUUCCAAGAGGGUCACGUGCAGCAACCUGAGUGGUGGAAUCUUGCCCUGGCAGUGAUGGUCUCACACUGUACAGAGUCAGUGUGUGAGAAUACCUCUUACUUCUACGAUGGGAUGGAGAUGAGUAGCCUGUCAGUUGAGCUCACGGUCAUCUGGAACGGCGACUUCACCAUCGACAACCCGGCCCACAACAAAGUCCACCUGUACAAGUGUGAUGCCCGGCGCAGGAGCUGUGGGCUGUGUCUGAAGGCUGAUCCCCUGUACGGCUGCGUUUGGUGCAAGGGAGAGGAGCGCUGCACGCUCAAGCAGCACUGCCCCCACCCUGAGAGCCAGUGGCUGCAGCCCAGCGGACCCAACAGCAAGUGCACCCACCCCAAAAUCACACAGAUCACCCCGCUUAGAGGACCCCGUGAGGGCGGCACCCUGGUCACCAUCCGAGGGGAGAACCUGGGCCUGGAGUUCAGGGAGAUCCAGGGUCACGUGAGGGUGGCGGAGGUGGACUGCACCCCGGUUCCUGACGGCUACAUCCCUGCUGAGCAGAUCGUGUGUGAGAUGGGGAAGGCAGAGAAGAGUCAGUACGCCGGGAACGUCCAGGUGUGUGUUGGAGACUGCAGGCCAGAGUUCAUGGCCACAUCCUACAAGUAUUACUACUUCGUGGUCCCCAAGCUGCUACACCUCAAGCCCAGCCGGGGCCCUGUCUCCGGCGGGACCAUCGUCAACAUCACCGGCAGCAACCUGGACGCCGGCAGCAACGUCUCCAUCAUGUUCAAGGACCAGAGGUGCACGUUCCACAGGAGGGGGGGGCAGUGGAUCACAUGCAAGACACAGGCCUCACAGCACGGCUAUGGAAAUGUCAGCGUGUCGGUGGCGGUUGACAAGGCCCAUCUUCACCGGGACCUGAGGUUCGAGUACGUGGAGGACCCCACCAUCCUCAAGCUGGAGCCUGAGUGGAGCAUCAUCAGUGGCAACACUCCAGUGACGGUCACCGGCACCAACCUAGACAUCAUCCAGAACCCUCUCAUCAGAGCCAGGUACAACAGCCUGGAGACGGUCAAUACGUGCCGGAUCCUGGCCCCCACCACCAUGCUGUGCCUGGCCCCCGAGCUCCCGGUCAGCCUGAGCCGGCAGCGCGAGGCCCCGGAAAAGCCCGACGAGUUCGGCUUCAUCCUGGACGACGUGCACGCCGCGCUGGCUCUAAACGGCAGCUCCUUCAUGUACUACCCCAACCCCGUGUUCGAGCCCCUCAGCCCGUCGGGGGUGCUCGAGCUGAAGCCGGGGUCGCCCAUCAUACUGAAGGGCCGGAACUUCCUGCCUCCCACCCCCGGGGGCAACGGCAAGCUGAACUACACAGUUCUGAUUGGAGAGAAGCCGUGUGCCUUAACCGUCUCCGACACACAACUGCUCUGCGAGUCGCCCAACCAGACUGGCCGACACAAGGUCCUGGCACGCGUGGGGGGCAUCGAGUUCUCCCCAGGCGUGGUGCACAUCUCUUCGGACAGCCCGCUGAGCAGCACGGCCAUCUUCAGCAUCGCCGGGGCCGGGGCCCUCCUCAUCCUCUUCAUCGUGGUGGUGCUCAUCGCCUACAAGCGCAAGUCCCGAGAGAGCGACCUCACCCUCAAGCGGCUGCAGAUGCAGAUGGACAACCUGGAGUCCCGGGUGGCGCUGGAGUGCAAGGAAGCUUUCGCCGAGUUACAGACCGACAUCCACGAGCUGACAAGCGACCUGGACGGGGCAGGAAUCCCCUUCCUGGAUUACAGGACGUACACCAUGAGGGUCCUCUUCCCGGGCAUGGAGGAGCACCCUGUGCUGCGGGACCUGGAGGUUCCAGGCUACCGGCAGGAACAGGUGGAGAAAGGACUGAAGCUCUUCGGCCAGCUCAUCAACAACAAGGUGUUCCUGCUGUGCUUCAUCCGCACGCUGGAGUCGCAGCGCGGCUUCUCCAUGCGCGACCGCGGCAACGUGGCCUCGCUGAUCAUGACCGUGCUGCAGAGCAAGCUGGAGUACGCCACCGACGUGCUCAAGAACCUGCUGUCCGACCUCAUCCACAAGAACCUGGAGAGCAAGAACCACCCCAAGCUGCUCCUUCGCAGGACCGAAUCUGUCGCAGAGAAGAUGCUCACUAACUGGUUCACCUUUCUGCUCUACAAGUUCCUGAAGGAGUGUGCCGGGGAGCCACUGUUCUCCCUGUUCUGCGCAAUCAAGCAGCAGAUGGAGAAGGGCCCCAUGGACGCCGUGACCGGGGAGGCCCGCUACUCGCUGAGCGAGGACAAGCUGAUUCGCCAGCAGAUCGACUACAAGACGCUGGUGGUGAACUGCAUCCACCCAGACAAUGAGAAGAGCCCAGAAAUCCAGGUCAAGGUGCUCAACUGCGACACUAUCAGCCAGGUGAAGGAGAAGAUCCUAGACGCCAUCUACAAGAACGUACCCUGGUCCCACAGGCAGAAGGCCUCCGACAUGGACCUAGAAUGGCGCCAUGGGAGGGCGGCCCGGGUCAUUCUCCAAGACGAGGAUGCCUCCACCAAGAUCGAGGGUGACUGGAAGAGACUCAACACCCUUUCUCACUACCAGGUGCCCGAUAACGCAGUGGUGGCUCUCGUACCGAAGCAGGUCAUGGUUUACAAUUCGGUGAACAACUCCACCGUCUCCAGAACCUCCGCCGGCAAAUACGAGAACAUGAUGAAGUACACGGGCAGCCCGGACAGCCUGCGCUCACGCACGCCCAUGCUGACGCCCGACAUGGAGAGCGGUGUCAAGGUGUGGCACCUGGUCAAGAACCACGAGCACGGCGACCAGAAGGAGGGCGACCGUGGCAGCAAGAUGGUGUCCGAGAUCUACCUGACCCGCCUGCUGGCCACAAAGGGCACGCUGCAGAAGUUCGUGGACGACCUGUUUGAGACCAUCUUCAGCACGGCCCACCGCGGCAGCGCCCUGCCGCUCGCCAUCAAGUACAUGUUCGACUUCCUGGACGAGCAGGCGGACAAACACGGCAUCCAUGACCCACACGUCAGGCACACGUGGAAGAGCAACUGCCUACCUCUGAGGUUCUGGGUGAACGUGAUCAAGAACCCUCAAUUCGUCUUCGACAUCCACAAGAGCAGCAUCACGGACGCCUGCCUCUCCGUGGUGGCCCAGACUUUCAUGGACUCCUGCUCCACGUCUGAGCACAGGCUAGGAAAAGACUCGCCAUCCAACAAACUGCUCUACGCCAAGGACAUCCCCAGCUACAAGAGCUGGGUGGAGAGAUAUUACUCAGACAUCAGCAGGAUGCCAGCUAUCAGUGACCAGGACAUGAACGCCUACCUGGCAGAGCAGUCACGCAUGCACACCAAUGAGUUCAACAGCCUGAGCUCCCUCAGUGAGAUCUACUCCUAUGUGGGUAAAUACAGCGAGGAGAUUCUCGACGCACUGGAGCAGGACGAUGGCGCCAGGAAACAAAGACUGGCCUUCAAGCUGGAGCAGGUGGUCGCCUUCAUGAGUCUGGAGAGCUGAGGACCGCAUUUCCCAGAGUGCACUGGGAGAGUUCCGAAACCGAGCCGUGCCUGAGCGAAGACCUGUCUGUCAUUACUUUGCCAUCUCUGCUGUCAGAAACUUUCCUUUGUUUUUGUUUUAUUGUCUCAGCCGCAAAUGUUUGUCUCACAAUAGCUCUGGAGAGGAGGAGGAGGAAUUUGUGUCUGUUGGGGUGGGGGAUAGUUUGCCACAUUGGCAAAUUUCACCUCCGGGGAACAGAAGAGAGCAAAAAUCCAGUUUUUACGUUGCCUUGAUCAAGCGUCUCUGAAACACGGCUUAGCCUCAGCCUGCUCAGACCUUUAGGGCAGAAGUCAACCCAGCCAAGUUUAGAUGGAUCUUUAAUGUGUGGAGAGACUGGCACAGGUGCCCGUAUAUAUGUGGUAUAUAUACCCACACAGGCAGACACACACACUCAACUACACACCAAAUCAAUGGCGUGGGCGUGGGAUUUGUUCAGAGAGACGUCUUCAGCCAAGCCAGGUACAGGAGAAAGAGACACCUUUUCCCAGCCUUGUCGAUUCACAUACGUCUAGCAGACGGGAAAACGUGAGUUUUAGUGCUUCUACACUUUUAUUCAUUUGAAACCAGAGUCUCCAUGGACUGAGCAAGACUAGUUAAUUUAACGGCUAAUUUAAUCCAUGCAUUUACUCCGCAAGGCACACCUGCCUGCUUCGUCUGGCCUUCUGCAGGAAUGACACCUAUGAACAUAAGGGGGGGUGGGGGGAUGGAGCCAGGGCUCAGUUUUACAAAGAAGCACACAUCUGCCCUGAUGACGCACACGACCCCCCCCCCCCA